AAUUCUGCAAGCCGCCGGCGAAAAUCUCGUUCUAGACGAAAAUCCAGAUCUGCUAGUUCCAGAGACCUUAGUGAUGUUCGUCGUAACCGUCGGAAGCGUCGUAGGCAGCGCAGACGGUCAAGCUACAGAGGUGAAAGUCGCUCGAGUAGAUCAUCAUCCAGGAGUGGUUCGCGUCGUCGAUCGCACGCCAAGAGAAAUCAUAACUCUGUUUCACAUAGAUCAACGCACUCUUCAUUGGCCAGAGACUCCAAGGAUGGCAGUACAGGUCGUUCCACUCAUCUUCUAUCUUCUCCAGCGUCUCUAAAUUCCCUCCAUUCGGGCAAAGCAUCUGUUUUGACUAACUCAGCAAAUGUGGGUCUGCUUGGGGAUGUUAAUUCUCGCGGUGCUUUUGGAGCUAUGACCCCACUAAAUCCUUUGGCCGCCGCAGCUGCCGCUGCAAUGCUAUUUGCAAAUAGUGGACCAGGUCGGCAACAGAACGUACUCCCAGGACUCAGAACUGGCCUGGGUGCCACUACAGCCCCAGGCCUGUUAGGUAGCUUAGGGGGCGUUGGUCUUUUAAGUAUUCCUGCUAAACCUCUCGCUCUUGCCAAUUCAAAUAGGCAGGCUCGCCGGCUUUAUAUUGGCAGCAUCCCACCUGGACUCACUGAGGAGGCUUUGGUCAACUUUUUCAAUUUUGAGAUGCGUCUGAGACAUCUUGCUCAAGAAGAGGGUGAUCCCGUCGUAUCUGCCCAGGUCAAUACAGAUAAGAAUUUUGCAUUCAUUGAGUUGCGUUCUGUCGAAGAGACCACUACAGCUCUUUCUUUGGAUGGGUUCUCUUGCAUGGGCCAAGCUAUUAAAGUCAGACGUCCCAGAGAUUACGUACCGCCCGUGAGUCUCCUUGAUGCUACACCUCUUCCCGGUGGAUCUGGUUCCACUCUUCAACCUCUGAUGCAAGAAUCACCAAAUAAGAUUUUCUUGGGUGGAAUUCCUUCUUUUAUCGAGGAGAAACAAAUGCGUCAAAUUCUCGGCAGCUUUGGACCGUUGAAAUCAUUUAUUAUGAUAAAGGAUAGCCUAACCGGCCUACCCAAAGGUUAUGGGUUCUGUGAAUAUGUCGAUCCUUUGCUCACGGACCACGCCUGUGCCGGCCUAAAUAAUAUGCAACUAGGCGAUGGUCGGCUUAUCGUUCAGCGGGCUAGCCAGGUCAUCAGCGGCUGUGGUGGGCUUACAGGCUCAGCUCUUGCUGCCGCUACCGUCGCCGCGGCUGCGGCAGCCGCUGUUGCGGCCUCUGGAAGUGGCCUUGGGGGGGGUGGCGGGGGUUCGAGUCUACGUAAUUCCUGUGGGAGUGUAGGGGGCAUCGAUCUUUCCAGCCUGCUGGCAACUGGUGCUACUCCUGCCGUGGCCGCUGCGGCAAUGGCCGCAGCCGGAGGCCUCCCGCCAGCAACAGGAGGAACUGUUGCAACCAUUGCAUCCCUUUCUGCUUCUUCUUCCGCUGCGGCUGUGGUAGCCGCCACCUCCAGUCUCGGUGUGACCGGCAUUCCUUCCCUAACUAGUCUAACGCUUCCAACACCGAAUGGUUCACUUUUAGCUAAACCUGGUCUUGGUGAAUCGCUUGGACUCUCCGAUACAGAUUUGCUGGCUGCUGCCGGCCCUGGUCAACCCACGGAAGUACUCUGUCUGCUCAAUCUGAUUCAGCCGGAGGACAUUGCAAGUGAUGAGGACUUUGAGGAUGUAAUGGAAGAUGUUCGAAUAGAAUGUCAGCGUCACGGUGAAGUCCGUAGUUUGCAAAUGCCUCGGCCAAUACCUGGUGUAGAUGUGCCAGGCGUUGGAAAGAUAUUUGUCGAGUUCGCAAGCAUAAAACAGUCACAACUGGCCAUGCUGGCACUGUCGGGUCGCAAGUUCAACAAUCGGAUAGUCGUCACGUCUUUUUACGACCCGGAAAAAUACCAUAGACGGGAGUUUUGA